AAACGUUCUCUAGAGAAUUUAUUGGCUUUUUCUUUUCUUCGACAUAUUCUGUGCCAUUUUCUUUGAAUUUGGAACUACUCGCCAUAAUUGGACGGAGGCACGUCUGUGCUAUUUCCUUAUUUUCUACAGCUGAAAAGUUGGAAGAAAUUGAGGCGAAAAAGAAAGUGAUUCCAACCAAAUUUUAAUAACCGCGGGAAUAUUUGCAAUUUAUUUUAGUUGUGUUUUCUCAGCCAGCGAAGACAUCGAGGACAAGGAUUAAAAUGCAUCGCACCACACUGCAUGCUGCACUGCUGAUUGUUGCUGCUGUGAUUUUGAGUCAUGCCACCAAUCAGGUGACAGCCAAACGCACCUUUGAAGUUGACUGGGCCAACGAUCGUUUUCUAAAAGAUGGCAAACCCUUCCGUUUCAUUGCCGGUUCGUUUCAUUAUUUCCGCUCGCAUCCGGAUACCUGGCAAAGGAAAUUGCGUACAAUGCGUGCAGCUGGUUUAAAUGCUGUUACAACUUAUGUUGAAUGGUCUCUGCAUAAUCCCAAGGAUGGUGUCUACGUCUGGGAUGGCAUUGCCAAUUUGGAGCGUUUCAUUAAAUAUGCCAUAGAUGAGGAUUUGCUGGUCAUACUGCGGCCGGGGCCGUACAUCUGUGCCGAAAGAGAUUUUGGAGGCUUUCCUUAUUGGCUACUGUCCAAAUAUCCCAAUAUAAAGCUGAGAACAUCGGAUAUAAAUUAUCUCUAUGAAGUUCGGAUUUGGUACUCUCAGCUAAUGGCGAAAAUGGAUACCUAUCUGUAUGGCAAUGGAGGUCCGAUUAUCAUGGUUCAAGUUGAGAAUGAAUAUGGGUCGUAUUACGCCUGUGAUAAAAAAUAUCGUGCCUGGUUGCGGGACGAGACAUUGGGUCAUGUAAAGGAUAAAGCUGUGCUCUUUACAAAUGAUGGACCCAGUGUGUUGCAUUGUGGUCACAUAGAUGGUGUGGUGUCGGCAAUGGAUUUUGGGGCGACAAAUAAUCUGACAGAUAUUUGGAAUAAAUUGAGAAGGGUACAACCCAGGGGUCCGUUGGUCAAUGCUGAAUACUAUCCGGGGUGGUUGACGCACUGGGGUGAGGGUAUGGCCAGGGUUAAUACCAAAUCGAUUACCAAUACUUUUAUAGAAAUGUUGAACGAUGGCGCCAGUGUCAACUUCUAUAUGUUUUAUGGCGGCACAAAUUUCGGUUUCACGGCCGGCGCCAAUGAUGGCGGUCCUGGACGUUAUAUGGCCGACAUAACCUCCUAUGACUACGAUGCACCCAUGACAGAGGCUGGAGAUCCCACAUCCAAAUAUUAUGCCCUACGUGAAAUUAUUUCCCGUUAUCUACCCAUGCCAAAUAUUUCCGUACCCGAUCCAGUUCCGAAGAAGAAAUAUGGCACCAUAAAACUGCAAAGCUGUUGCUCAUUGCUCUCCAAGGCUGGACGCCAACAAUUGGCCACCGGAGUGGUUAUGUCAAAUAAACCCAAAUCUUUUGAGGCCUUGGGCCAGUUCUCCGGUUUGGUAUUGUAUGAGACUUAUUUACCCAACACCCGCAAGGAUCCCGGGGUGCUACACAUACCCGGCCUAAGAGAUCGUGCCUUGGUCUAUGUGGAAAAUGAUUUUGUGGGGAUUUUAUCCAGAGAAUCGGUUAUCUUUGAUUUACCCAUACCCCUGAGAUCGGGUAAAAAACUGCAGAUUCUUGUGGAGAAUCAAGGACGCAUUAACUACGGACCCAUCACAGAUGCCAAGGGUAUCAUUGGUGAUGUGGCCUUCGACAAGAAAAUCCUUACCAAUUGGAAUAUGACGAAAUUCCCAUUGGAAUCCUAUGAGGAUAUAGAGCGAUUAAUACAACAGGAAGGUUCCCGCCUCAAUGAAAUCGAUUCGUAUAAAAUGCUCAACGAUGGCCCCACGAUAUUCUACGGUUCCUUUGAGAUCAAAGACUUACACACCUGCGACACCUAUUUGGAUACGACGGGUUGGAGCAAAGGCAUUGCCUUUGUAAAUGGUGAAAAUUUGGGUCGCUACUGGCCCAUGGUGGGGCCACAGGUCACUCUCUACGUCCCAGCCGAAGUACUUAAGGUGGGCGUCAACAAUGUUGUACUUAUCGAAUAUCAAAGCGCCGCCGCCACAGCUGAAAUCACCUUCACCGAUAAACCGAAUUUAGACGGGCUUCGGAAUUGAAGUCAAGGGGCCGGAGUAGCAGAUGGGUUUAGUAAGAAAUUAUAUUUUUAUUAUAUAAUUAUGUUUUUUAAUAUAUUAAUAUUACUUCUUUGUGUUUUAAUAAAAGUUAAUUUUUUAAAAUAAAAAAA